UAUAAAUUCCAAGAAUUUGACACGAAUACGAAAGAAAAUUAUUGACACCCAGAAAAAAAAUGCAAAACACAAAACUCAAAUGUGCACACACGUUGUUGCCUGAAACGGGAAAAGGGAAACAAAUUUACGCAUACGUCUUUUAUGAAUGAUCAUUGUACUGGGCUCAAAUUUAAAUUGUGUGAGUUGGAAUUUUUUUUUUUUCACCCUCACGACCGAGGGUGAGCAGAUGAGCAGAUGAUUUACAACUGGUUUAGCGGAAACUUUCUUUUCUCAUAUAAUAAUUUUUAUUUUCCAGAAUUUUCUAACUUCAACUGUCCUUAUUAUAUCUUCAGGUAGAUAGAUUUUUCAUCAAAAUAAAAUCAACAAAUCUUUUUUUUUUUUUUUUUGGUUGACGACAACUACAUUUCAUUUAUCAGCACCGCCACUAUCAUCAUCAUCAUCAUCAUCAUCAUAAAAUAUAGGAAGCUAUUUAAAUCAAUGCUGUGGUGGUUUUUUUUUCUCAUGAUCAUUUUCAUUCUGAAUUUUUUUUUCCAAAUAUGUUCAUCUUUCCAUUAUAACAUCGUGAUUAAAUCCAACACAUAUCGAGAAAUUAAACAUCGUCACUCUGCAUACAACAACUUUGACCAACAACGUCCAAACAAUGAUUAUCGAAUUCCUAUCGGAUACGUUUAUGAUCAAAACAAAUAUGAUGGAUCAAUGGUUUAAUAAUUUAUUCCUCAUCAUAUUUGAUAUUUUGGUCACCAUUUAUACAUACAUUACAUUACCGAUUUAUAUUCUACGACAAAAACCAGAAAAUGUUCUGAAAAAAUCACAACGAAUUCGUGCAAAACAAUUGAAUGAAAAUGAUCCCAAAUCACCAUGGUUUGGUGUUCUGGAUCGUCAACAAUAUCGUGGAAGUGUUGUCGAUAUUGUCGAAACUAUUGAUGAAUUGUGCAACAAUUUGGAAAAAUAUAUGUCAUUACAGAAUAAAGCUGUUGGUUAUCGUCGUGUAUUGCGUGAAUAUGUUGUUUAUGGAUCGGAUGGUAUAACACCAUUGAAAAUUGAUGGAAAAAUUAUUAAAAAACGUGAAUUAUCCGAUUAUAAUUGGUUAUCAUAUGAACAAUUAUUUGAACGAAAAAAUCAUAUUGCCAAAGGAUUACUUUCCGCCGGUAUUAAACGUAAUGAACCAAUAGCAAUUCUAUGUGAAACUUGUGCCGAAUAUCUAAUGAUGGAAUUUGCAAUAGCACGUGCCGGUUUUGUUCAAGUGAAUGUAUUUCCUACACUUGGUGAAUCCGGUAUUGCACAUGCAAUCAAAGAAACAAAUUCAAAAUUUAUUUUUACAUCAUGGGAUCUAUUGCCGAAAAUUCGUUCAGUCAUUCAAAAAUACAAAUUGGAUGUAUCAAAAAUUAUCUACAUUGAACGAAGAGCGGAAACUGUUUCUGAUGAAAUUAUUGCAAAGGAAAAAGAUUUUAUCGAACCGAUAAAUCAAUCAAUUUUUGUCCCAUUAACAAAAAUCGAACAGGAUGGCCAAUCAUGUAAUGAUGAUGAUGUAGCGAUUUGUAAACCAUUGGAUAAGGAUCAAGUUGCUUUUAUUGUUUUCACUUCAGGCAGUACCGGUGUACCGAAAGGUGUACAAUUAACAUCGAAUCAAAUGAUUCAAGUUUGCCAUCAAAUGUUACCAUCACUUUCAGAAUAUAUUGGUAAUGGUCUAAAAAAUAUUUACGUGGCAUAUUUACCACAAGCACAUAUUUUCGAAUCCACUUGUGAAUUUCUUAUAUUCGGUCUUGGUAUACCAAUUGGUUUUGCCAGUCCAUUCACAUUGACCGAAUCAUCACCCGGUCUUGCUCCCAAUACUAAAUCCGAUUUAGUUCUACUUCGUCCGACAUUUAUGAUUUCUGUGCCAUUAGUUUUACAACGAAUACAGAAACAGAUCUAUAAUAAACUUGAAUCACGUUCCUCGAUUUUCAUUCCAUUAUUUAAUUAUUUAAUGAAAUAUAAAAUUAUUUGGACCCAAAAAGGUUUUGCAACACCUCUUAUUAAUAGAAUAUUUUGUAAAAAAAUUCGUGAACAAUUUGGUGGACGUUUAGAUAAGAUAAUUGUUGGUGGUGCACCAUUAUCAUCCACUCUACAAUCAGUGAUUAAAGCAGCAUUGGAUACGACGCUCGUACAAGGCUAUGGAAUGACAGAAACAUGUGGUGCAUGUUUCUGUAUGGAUAACGAUGAUCUUACUUAUGGCUGUACUGGUGCACCAAUGUUGGGUGUUUAUGCUAAACUUGAUGAUUGGAAUGAAGGUGGUUAUCGAACCAGUGAUCUACCUAAUCCACGUGGCGAACUUUUAGUUGGUAGUAAAGCGAAUUGUCUUGGAUAUCUUAAUAAACCGGAUGCAACCAAUGAAUUGCUCGUUAAGGAUGAAAAAUUAAACAUUAAUUGGGUACGGAGUGGUGAUAUAGCUGAAGUUUAUCCUGAUGGUACAUUCAAAAUAGUUGAUCGUAAAAAAGAUCUGGUUAAAAUGGCCAAUGGUGAAUAUGUAUCGUUGGGCAAGAUUGAAACAACAUUGAAAAAUUGUAAUUAUAUCGAUCACAUCUGUGUAUUUGGUAAUGCAUUGGCCAACUAUCUUGUUGCAUUAGUGGUACCUAAUGAAGAAAAAUUGGUUCAUCUAGCACAAACACAUCGCAUUCCAAAUGAAGCACGAUCAACAAAUCGUAUGUCUGAAAUUCUAUUGAAAUCAGUACGUGAAACUGGUAUUGAAAAUGGAUUGAAAAAAGUAGAAAUACCUACAAAAAUUCAAAUUGUAUCGGAUGAAUGGACACCUGAUAAUGAAAUGCUUACAGCAGCAAUGAAACUUAAACGUAGUUCAAUUAAAACACGUUAUUUUUCCGUUAUUGAUGAUUUAUUUAAUGAUUCACAAAGCAAUUCCACCGAAAUAUAAACGCAACUAUAACAAACCAACCACACACACAUUCUCCACAUAUUUUAAUUUAUCUAAUUAAUAUAUUUCAUUCUUUGCAAUCGUAAUCUUAACAAAUCAAAAAAAAAAUCCACAAAAACGGUGAUUGUUAUGCAAAAAUUGUUUGUUUUAUUCAAAUUCAAAAUUUAUUUUAUGAUAUGAAUUUAUUAAAAUUUAAAAUUUUAUCAA